AUGUCCUUCAUUCGAGCAGCGACGCUGGCCCGUUCCGUGGCAACGAGCAGUUGUAGACGUUAUUCGACCGAAGCUGGUGCCAAGAAAUCAUCCAACCUCGGACUUUACCUUGGUGGUGCUGGUCUCGUAGGUCUCGGCACGUAUGUGUACAUGGGCUUUAGCAAGGGGGAGGCAGUAACUGCCAAGAAGGACCUGAAGAGUCCUCUUGACCCGUCAAAAUUUAUUGACCUCAAACUGAAGAGGGUGGAGCCUUGCAAUCACAACACCUCUAAAUUUGUGCUUGAGCUUGGGAAGGGCGAGGCUUCGCUUCUUCCAGUUGCUUCCUGUGUUUACAUAGAAACUCCCGACUUUAAGGAUGACAAGGGUCAACCUAUGUAUCGCCCGUACACCCCCAUUUCAGCGUCUGAUUUGGAGGGAGAGCUCAUUUUUAUCAUCAAAAAAUAUGAGACAGGCAAAGUCUCCAAACACAUUCACUCUCUCAAAGCUGGAGACUCUCUCAAAAUUAAAGGUCCUCUGGCAAAAUGGCCUUGGAAGAUGAAUGAGCUGGAAGAAGUCGGCCUCAUUGGUGGUGGAAGUGGAAUUGCUCCGCUCUACCAGGUCCUCCAACAUGCUCUUGCGGACAAGACGAACAAGACGAAGUUCAAGCUUUUGUACGCCAAUGUUACUGAGCAAGAUAUUAUACUUCGCGAGGAGUUCGACGCCAUGAAGAAAAAGUACCCCGACACUUUCGAUAUCGUAUAUGUCCUCGACAAGGGCGAUGCUAGCUGGAAGGGUCCCACUGGAUUCAUUGGCGCUGACCUCAUUAAGCAGCACAUUGCUCCGCCAUCACUGGGCGAGAAAGUGAAGGUCUUCAUCUGCGGUCCUCCUGGACAGGUUGCCUCAAUUGCAGGCAAAAAGAACGGCAGGGAGCAGGGUGAACUGAAUGGUAUCCUUAAGGAACUGGGUUACACCGGAGACCAGGUUUACAAAUUCUGA